AUGUCUGAAAGUGGUAAGCAGGGAGAUGUCUUGGGCUUGGCGAAGCCCGUUGGUUGGAAAGGGCCGCUGCUGGCGGCACGUAUCGUUCGUAUUGCGCAGUUUGUUUUCACUGUGAUAGCGCUGGGGCUGACGGCGAAGGCGAAGGACUACUACACUGGAGAGUCCACGGCAGACUACGGGGUGGCGGUGUCGGUGAUGUCGCUGGUGUACCUGAUAGUGAUCUUCUUCACGAGCUGGUUUCUGGGGCUCUAUUUCAUGGCGGGGCCUGUCCUGAUCUGCGAGACGCUGUUUCUCAUCUUUUGGCUGACCGCGUUCGUUGCGUUGGCGGCUGAGUUCGGGACCGGUUCGUGCAGCGCGCUGUACUGGGGCAAGAGCGCAUGUCAGGCGGCGCAGGCGUCGAUCGCGAUGGCAGCGGUUUGCAUGGUUCUCUACGGCCUGUCGCUGGUGCUGCUGGUCCUGUACACUGUGCUGCCUGUGGUCCGGACGCAGGGCUCGGACCGUCUGUGGGGCAGAGCGCUGGUGAUGAACGCUUCUUUCGACCGGGGCACGGGCCUGCUUAUCUACAGCGCGCCAGCACGCGUCGCUGACCCAGAGAUCGGCAUUGCAGCGGACCGCCAGAUCACCGCCUCGUCUGGCGAGGCGCCCGUGGAGGAAGAGAAAGUGAUGGAGUCGGCCGAUCCUUUGGAACCCGAGCCCGCUCUGGUAGGCCCCGGCACCGCUACCCAAUAG